AUGGCUCCAAACACCUCCAGAAAGCAAAAGGUUACCAAGACUUUUACCGUUGACGUUUCUUCUCCAGUUGAAAACGGUGUCUUUGACCCAGCUUCUUACGCUAAGUUCUUGAUUGAACACAUCAAGGUUGAAGGUGCUACCGGUAACUUGGGUAACGCUGUUUCUGUUGAAGAAAACGGCUCCGUUGUUACUGUUGUUUCUGCCACCAAGUUCUCUGGUAAGUACUUGAAGUACUUGACCAAGAAGUACUUGAAGAAGAACCAAUUGAGAGACUGGAUCAGAUUCGUCUCUGUUAAGACCAACCAAUACAGAUUGGCCUUCUACCAAGUUACUCCAGAGGAAGAAGCUGAUGAAGAGUAA